CAACUGCCGGUUCUCGGCAGUACUUUCCUCACGAUCUGACAGCGUGAGGAAAGUGCAGCCGAGAACCGGCACUUGCAUUUCCCUGUGAUCAACGUGUCAUUGGACACCGCUGAUCACGUGCUUCAAGGAUCAAUGCCCAGCAGUGCCACCCAGCAGUGCCUCCCACCAGUGCCACCCAUCAGUGCCACCCAGCAGUUGCGUCCAUCAGUGCCACCAGUCAGUGCUUUCAGUCAGUGCCCAUCAUUGCUGCAUAUUAGUGCAGCAUCAUCCGUGCCUCCUCAUCAAUGCCCACCAGUGCCUUCUCAUCAGUGCCACCUCAUCAGUGCAGCCUAUCAGUGCCCAUCAGUGCUGCCUAUCCAUGCCACCUCAUCAGUGCCCAUCAGUGCCCAUCAGUGCUGCCUAUCCGUGCAGCCACAUCAACGCACAUCAGUG